UUGUAUUCUGUGUGGGGUAGCGGAGGAAGAGUAAACCAGAGAAUGCAUGCUUGAGUUACCAUUGCCGUUGUUCAAUGGACAAAGUAUAGGAUUUGAAGUGUUUUUUUAAUAGUAAUAUUUAGGGUACACGCAGUGACUCCGGAAGCAGUUUCAGUCUGCAUGUUGGAACGUGGCCCGGGAGCUGCCGCAGACGGGACAGGAGACUGGAGACUUGGACAUCAGGACACGAGGGAUCUCUGCAGCUCUCCCUCACCCUCUGCACAACACCAGGGGUAACAGGACGGAGUCUAAACGCGGUAACGUCCAACUUCCAGGUUAUCUUAGCUUCGCUUCGUUGAUGAGCAGAAGAUGGAUGAUGAGAUUGAAGAGUUUGUAGCAGAAAGGGAUUAUUAUCUUGCAUUGGAGCAAGCUUAUACCAACAGUUCCCGUCCAGAAAUAUAUUUGCAUCUGCCUGCAAGUGUUCUUCGGUUUCAAAGAAUCACAGAUGGAAAAGAGAGUGGCUUCCGAAGAACAGCCAAUGCCUGCCUGAAGCGGAUUUGCAAAGCUGUGCUACACCAUGACUGGCAGACGGCAGCAGAACUGAUGACAAACUAUUUCCAGACCUUAGAAGACUCCUCACCUAGAAGUCAAUCUUCUGCCUGUGAGGCAAUUUGGAGGCUGGGCACCACAAUACUACAGCAUCAUCCCAACAGCUCUACCGACAACGUUGAGUCAUUUGUUAGAAAAAUAAAACUCGUUGGCGUGAACCAUUACCUGAAGGCUUGUUUGGAGCAUGCGAUCCACCUGCUGUGUAGUGGCAAGAUGGAUGAAGCCUACAGGGAACUGUCACUAGCUGAAACUUGGCGAUAUGGAGCAAAAACAGCAGCUCAGCAAGAUGUGCUUAAACUUAUCCAGGGCUACAGGGCAUUGCUCGAUUAUUACACAUGGGCUAAAAAGAAUCGUGCUCUUCAUGAAAGGGCUAAUGACGCAGUCGAUUCAACUACAGAGCAAGAAAUGCACAAGUAUUUCCGACAAGCCUCUUUUGGUCUGCGUGGGGCUGUUCAAAAUGCUGGCGUGUGGGACCCCUUUAUACUCAGCUACGUCAAUCUGCUUGACUUCUAUGAUGGUUUUGAGGAAGCUCUGAAGGUGCUGAAUGAUUAUGCUUACGAUAGCAGAUUCCCUCCAAAUCCAAACGCUCAUGUGUACUUGUAUGAAUUCCUGAAGAGACACGGCAGCCCACCUAAGAAGCUGAUGAAAGUACUGAGGAUAUUAUAUCAUCUGGUUCCUUCUCAUGAACUGAUGUUAGAAUUUAUUUCGCUGCUCCUGAAGUCAAAAAGAAAUCGUCACCAUAAUGAAGCACUGAGUGUUCUCUUCUGCUUGCUGGAUUUCCCCACUUGGAAAGGAGACCGUAGCACAUGGAAACAUUUACAUAAGCAAGUGAAGAAAGCUAUAGCCCAGGGUCACUCAGACUGGAUCAAGGAGCAGUGGGAGCCGCGACAAGAUUGGUGGCCUGCCUUUCAUUUCAGCAAGUAUCGUGCACUUAAGGAUUUUGACGAAACUGAAAACUAUGCUUACAGGAAAGCAACGAUUGCAGGAAUCCUAAUGGGCAAAGGCUGCAAAUAUUUCAUCACCAUUUACCAACUGGGACGUAAAGUUCAGAAAGUAAAACUGAAGAAAAUGAGGCAAUAUGUAAAGGAUCACAGCCUACUGCAGCUGAGCAGAUGUUGACCUGAAGAAGUCUGUGUGUGUUGAGCAAAUGCUAAUAAUUUUCUAACUUGUGCAAUGCCUCUGUGAAUUUAAGGACAGACGUGAGAGUACAUUUCAUUUUAAUCCAGCUUCAACAAAGCUCAACAUAUUUUGCCAAAAAGAGAAAACUUGGAACUGACUCAGGGCAAUUUUCCGAGGUUCUUUUCCGAGUUAGGAUCGGAGGAAAAAGACGACAAUAAGUCACAGAGUGAUACAGUGUGGAAACGGGUUUAUGGCCCAACUUGCCCACACCGGCCAACAAUGUCCCAGCUACACUAGUCCCACUUGCCUGCACUCCAAACCUGUCCUAUCCAUGCACCUGUCUAGCUAUCUCUUAAACGUUGGGCUAGUCCCAGCCACAACUACCCCCUCUGGCAGCUUGUUCCAUACACCCACCACCCUUUGUGUGAAAAAGUUAUCACUCGGAUUCCUAUUAAAUCUUUUUCCCUUCACCUUGAAGCUAUGUCCUCUAGUCCUCGAUGCCCGUACUCUGGGCAAGAGACUCUGUACAUCAACCUGAUCUAUUCCUUAUGAUUUUGUACACAUGGUGAGAUGGUGCAGAAAGGGUGAAGACAAGCUAACAACUGCGGGAACGUUGAGAAGUUUCGCACUGACUUGAGGCACUCAUUGAGACAAACUUUGAACAAUAUUUUUCAAGGUGCCAGCGUUGUAUACAAAUAUUAACGGUCUAAAUAUGUGGAAAUAUUGUGUUUUACGUAUUUGAAAGAAUUAAAUGUGUCGUGGAAUUUAAAUAUUUGUACUGUAAUUUCUCCUUAAAUUGUAUAAUAUUGUCACUGAAUCUCUGGGAGAGAAAAAUCAUUAAUAAAACUGCUUGUCUG